CUUUGUCAAAACCGUCAGAAUUAUUAAAAUUUUGACAUUUUCAUAAAUAUCAUCAAAAUUCAAAUUUUAUACCAAAAAUUAAUUAAUUGAAACUACAAAAUGAGUUACAUAGGCCGUGUUCUAAUUUACGGAGGUCGCGGAGCUUUGGGAUCAAAAUGCGUAUCCCAUUUCAAGACCAAUGAUUUUUGGGUUGGUUGUGUAGACGUUGAAGAAAACACAGAAGCCGACUUAAGUAUAGUGAUUAACACAAAUGAUCCUUUAAAACAACAAGAAGGAAUAAUUUUGGGCAGUAUCAAAUCCGUUUUGCAUGACUGCAAGUUAGAUGGUGUUUUCUGUGUGGCCGGCGGAUGGGUCGCUGGAGGAUUGGAAAGAGAUUUUGUGAGAACUACCGAUUUAAUGUGGAAACUUAAUGUUUGCCCAUCAAUAAUCUCUACGUCCAUAGCUUCGAAAUACUUAAAAGAAAACGGAAUUUUAAUGCUUACAGGUUCCAAAGCAGGUUUGGAACCAAGCCACAAAUUACUCCCAUACGGCCUAUCCAAAAAUACGGUUCACUAUUUGGCAAAAUCUCUAGUUGAUGACCAUAACAGUCUCCCCAUGGGUACCACAGUUGUAGCUCUAGUUCCUGACAUUUUGGACACUCCUUUUAACAGAGAAUGUAUGCCGCAUGCAGAUCGGGCCAGUUGGACUCCAUUGGACUUUUUGGCAGAUUUGUUCUUCAGGUGGUCCAUUGGAGAGGAGAAGCCUUUAUCCGGACUGGUGCAGUUGAUUACUAGAAAAUCCAAAACUGAACUGAAAGUUUUAACUUCGCCAAAUAGCAGUUGCAGGAGGAUUGGAAACGUAUCUUUUAUGGAAGUUCCGGAGUUGCAUUAAGCCUUUGAUGCAAUUUAAUGUACUAUUUAAUAAACUCCUAUUCAACUUUGCUUUAUUAUACACAUAUAUGUGUAUAAUAUAAUAUACUAUAU